CAGGCAGCCUGGCAGCACGCGUCCUCGACGACUCGGCAGACAUCUACAACGACCUCGCUCAACAUCUAGACCCAAAAGUAGCUGCUCUUGAUCGCAAAGAGCAUUACAUUGCCAUCUUUUAAAAGGCUUGACCACACGACGCAGCGCGUACCGGCCGGCCACCCCCUUCGACAGCUCGACUUUUACCCCCACCCCUUUACCCCUUGACCCAUCGCCCAUCACAAUGGCCGACCCCAACGCCUUCUACGAGCCCGAGGAGGAGGAGCUCCUUUCGUCCCUUGCCGUCCCCCAGUACGGUGGCGAGGAGGGCUACGACGAGGAGAGCUACCGCCACAUCCAGGAGCUUGAGCAGCGUGCCUACGCUCAGCAGAUUGCUGCUGCCGAGAAGGAGCAGGCCGCCGCGCUCGAGCAGGUUCCCGAGGACGUCAAGCGCUUCCUCGUUGCGUUCCACCAGGCCAUCCUCGACAAUGACCUGCCCACCAUCACCAACAUGUACGAGCAGGGCUGGAACAAGCUCACCCAGGCCCACUACCAGCAGGCCGAGUGGCCCGAGGCCGAGUUGAUUGCGCCUCUUGUGCAGAACGACCAGGUGUUCUUGACGCUCUACCGCGAGCUCUACUUCCGCCAUGUCUACGCUCGCCUCCAGCCCACCAUCGACGACCGCUUCCAGUCGUACGAGAACAUCUGCGAGCUGUUCAACUACCUGCUCAACUCUGACGGACCUGUGCCCCUUGAGCUUCCUAUCCAGUGGCUCUGGGACAUGCUCGACGAGUUUGUUUACCAGUUCCAGUCGUUUGUUCAGUGGCGCGCCAACGCCAAGAACAAGUCGGAGGACGAGACCGAGAUGCUUGCCGAGGGCUCGCAGAUUUGGUCGUGCUACUCGGUCCUCAACGUCCUCUACUCGCUUGUCCAGAAGUCGCAGAUCAACGAGCAGCUCAAGGCUGAGAAGGAGGGCAAGUCUGCCGAGGAGGUGGCUGAGAUUGGCGGCGAGUACGGCUCCAAGGGUCUCUACAGGAAUCUCGGCUACUUCUCGCUCAUCUGCCUGCUCCGUGUCCACGUCCUCCUUGGCGACCCCACCCUUGCUCUGCAGACCAUGGAGAACGUCGAGCUCGGCGGCGGCGCUUUCCUCACCCGCAUCACCGCCUGCCACGUUACGACCUACUACCACGUCGGCACUGCCUACAUGGCUCUCGGCCGCUGGCCCGACGCGAUCAAGACCUUUGUCUCGGUCCUCAUCUUCUUCCUCCGUAUGAAGCAGUACCACACCAGGAGCUACCAGUACGGCUCGAUCACCAAGCAGUCGGAGAGGAUGUACGCCCUCCUCGCCAUCUGCACGACCCUCUCGCCCGGCCCUUCGGAUGACAGCAUCAUGACGAUUGUCAAGGAGCACUACGGUGACCAGCUCCAGACACUGCAGAGGGGAGGCGACGAGGCGCUCGAGGUCUUCAAGGAGCUCUUCCUCCAGGCCUGCCCCAAGUACCUCUCUGUUGUUCCUCCCCCAUACGAGGAUGCCGACGCGCUCGAGGAGUGGAUCGCCAACCCUCCUCCUGACGCUGUCCAGCGCCACCUCGACCUCUUCCUCUCGGAUGUCGCCGCUGUCCGUGGCGUCUCCAACGUCCGCAACCUCCUCAAGCUCUACACUUCAAUCGACGCCUCCAAGCUCGCUGCCUUCCUUGAGGCUCCCGCUGACGGCGCCGACGCCGAGGAGGACGUCCUCCAGCAGCUCAUGGUCCUCAAGGCUGCCAGCCGCACCUACGGCAAGGGCCAGAACGGUGCAUCUUUGUUGGACGGUGACCGCAUCGUAACCAACAACCUUGACUUUACCAUUGACGGCUCGAUGGUCCACGUCGAGGAGACGACAUCUCACAGACGCUUUGCCGGAUUCUUCAUCCGCAACGCCGAGCACGCGCAGCGUGUGUUUAACACGAUCCGCACGUCACCGCUUCCUUCGCAGCGCAAGCCGCAGGAGAAGAAGGAGGGUGAGGAGAAGAAGGAGCGCAAGGAGGACGAGAAGAGGAAACCUGCGGCUUGGGCUCCCAAGUCGCGCCAGGUUCGCGUGGCUGCCUAGAUGGACGGAGUAGUACGCGCCAGUGGCGUGCAUGGCAUCGGUGUGGUGUAGCUGUUGAUUUCUAUGCAUGCAUGAGACUCG